AACACCAGCUAAAUUAAUAUAUAAACAAACCACGAUUAGAUAGAGCCACAUUGGCUAAUAGGCCGUCUGUUUUUGUUAUUUUAGCCCACCUAUGACAUGCGGCCGACCGCUUUGCACGACGACCGAAAAAGAUAAUUCAUAUUAAAAAACAGCUUGAAAUAUUUAUUUGCUGCAUCAAUCGGACUCAUUCAGCACCCAUCACGAUGCACGCAUUCGGUGUAUGAUUGCUAUUCUAAGCGUGUACAUAUAAUUAGCGUUAGGAGAAAAAUGAGGCUGCAGUGUACGCUGCAUUGACAGUCGCGGUCGCGCGCACAGACGCCUCUCUUUCGCUUGAGACAACAUACCGAAGCAUCCGCGCACUACAUAAUCGUGCAGUAUAUAAAACAUGGCGGUUUAUCAACAUGCAUCUGCUCGCUAUAUAGAUGUCAAAUUGUAGAGCAUCUCUUCGAACGGUAAAAAGAGGAAAAACGGUCGUGCUUUAGGUUAUUAUACCAAGAGGGAUUAUAUAACGUGGCUGAUCUGUAUGCAACAAAAGUCUGAGAAUAAAACAAAAUGCCAAGAGCAGGCAGCGGAGAAGACUAAAUAAACUGACACGAAAAAACAUCAGAUGAAGAUGGCAUACAAGAUCCCAGGGGCUGCUAUGGAUCGUGUUAGCCUACUUUGGCGAUUGAGGCGUCGGGCUCGUCGAGGGGCCCUAUGCAUGGCACUCUUCUGUUUGACUAUGGCUCUCCUGUACACUCUUUGUGCUGAAAACAGCAUUCCUGUCACAGAUGCCAUUUUCGGAGUCAAGGCCAGAACUCGAGCUCAACCAAGAGCACACACAAUUGUUAAGGUAUUGCGGGGAACAGGAGGGUCAAAGCCCAUGUAUACUGACCCUCAAAAGCUCCCAGGUGUCAUUCCUGGAGAUCCUCAAAAGCCUAUUCCCAUCCUCUCAUCAUCUAACUUCUCAAUGGAGAGCACUUCUAAAGACCACAGUCUCGGGGGCAAAAAGAGAGAGCGUGGGCUCUUUUACUGGCUUCUGGCACAACCACUGACUAUUUUUGGAGGCAGACGGAGAGGAGAUAUGGGGACCGCAAUUCGGGAUGCUGAUGUUUUUAAGCCUAAUGGAGCACUCGGAGAGGUCUGGAAUGAAGAGAUGUCGAGCAGCAUGCUGGGAAAAAGGCUGAGGAAAGUUGUGCAGAACUAUCAGGCAAUGAAUAAAUAUGGAGUCAAGUACCCUGCAACAGUGAGAGCAGCACACCGCUACAAACUCAGUGGACCAGAAAUUCUUUGUGAAAUUAAGGAGAAAGUUCAGGUCACAACUUUAACACCAGAUAUGGAGCCAUUUUCUGGGUUUCCAUGGGGCUCUCAGUUACCUCCACGCCAAAUAACCUCUGAUGUCGGCCCGUUCAAAACCUGUGCAGUGGUGUCGUCUGCAGGAUCUCUCAAAAACUCUGGAUUAGGAAAGGAAAUAGAUUCUCAUGACGCAGUGAUACGAUUCAAUGCCGCACCGACAGCUGGUUUUGAGACAGACGUGGGCUCCAAAACAACAGUGCGCCUUAUUAAUUCACAGUUAAUGGCAUCUGAAGACCACCAUUUCCUCUCCAGCUCUUUGUACAGUGCAGGGAUUUUAGUGAGCUGGGAUCCUAGCCCUUAUUCUUCAGAUCUAUGGGAGUGGUUCAACAAGACAGAUUACCCCAUAUUUAAACAGUAUCAGCGAUAUCGCCGCUUGCACCCUCAGCAGCCAUUUUACAUUGUACAUCCGCGAAUGGAAUGGCAGCUGUGGCAGAGAAUACAAGACAACAUGGGUGAAGCCAUCCAAAAAAAUCCACCCUCAUCAGGCCUGCUGGGCACAGUUUUAAUGAUGUCCCUGUGUGAAGUGGUACACGUGUACGAGUUCCUGCCAUCGCGGCGAAAAACCGAGCUGUGCCACUACUACCAGCGCUUCAGUGAUGCUGCCUGCACACUCGGAGCCUACCACCCAUUACUCUAUGAGAAAAACCUGGUCAAGAGGAUGAACCAAGGCUCCGACCGAGAUAUCUACACACUUGGCAGGGUCACUCUUCCUGGGUUCGCCACAUUUAACUGCACUUCCAGCACUCAUUCAAAAACGUAAUCUGAGAGUGAACUGUUUUGCUCGGUACACUCUCAGAAUGUAACAAUACAGCGCAUGAUUAACAAGUAUUCAUUCUGAUCUCUGAGGGAGAUCAGGAGUCGGCUUUACGGGUGGAGAACGAAAAACUAACACACUAAAAACGAAGGGUUGUUUAUGGAGAUUCUUAACUCACACGGACACAAAAUAACAGUAGAAGUUCUGUGUAGUUGUAAACUACCAACCAUUAUUUCCUAGCUUGCCCCAUAGUGGAAAAUGCAAACUGUUUGCUGUUAAUUAACAGAAAAGAUCUCAGUAUCACAUAUUUGCCUCUCAAUGACAUUCAGACACUGCCUAAUGUGACAUAUAUACAGGAUAGUUAAGCCAAACAAGAAAAUUUGUUGGAAAUCGAAUCAUCCUCAGACUAUCCUAGAUGAUGGUGACUUUUUUGUCAAACAUUAAAGAUGUUUUUGUGCUGAA